AUGGAUACCCUAGUAGCUUCAGGUGUGAAGCUUAGUCUUGAUAUGGGUCCUAAAACUGAGAUAGCUAAAAGAAAAAUGGAAAGAGUUCCAUAUGCCAGUGUAGUCGGAAGUUUGAUAUAUGCAAUGAUGUGUACAAGACCAGAUAUCUGUUAUGCUGUAGGACUUGUGAGUUGCUACCAAUCUAACCUUAGAGAAGGACAUUGGAAAGCUGUAAAGAGGAUCUUAAGAUACUUAAAUGGUAUUGUUGACUAUGCACUGUGUUAUCAAGGGAGUGAUCUACGCCUGAUAGGAUACUCUGAUGUGGAUUUAGGCGGAGAUGAAGAUGAACGAAGAUCAACUUCAGGCUACACUUUCUUGCUAAACAAUAGGGCCAUUUGUUGGAGCAGCAAGAAGUAG